AUGCAAGCUCAGCUACUCAAACAGAGUGUUAACAAUCAGCAAUCGCAAUUGUUAAUUCACGAAUUGAUAAGUGUCUCCAUCUAUUGCGUGACGUUUUUGCGCGAUGUAUUUGAAGAAAACAACUAUAUCGACACCAAGUAUUAUAACGAGAGAUACCCUAGACCCGACUCUAAUUACAUCCGAACAAAGAGGUUAAGACGUGGGGUUACUAAUUUUGCUGACCUGAUUAUCAAAUGUGUUGAUGAAGGUAUUAAGGAUUCAAUUGAAAAGGAAUAUUUGAAAGCCGUUCUGUUUGCAAUUCAGUUACCAAAUGAUUGUGGGUUCACCGUAUGCGAAAACUACUUGUUUGGGAUUGAUUACUUGACGAACCAAGUACUGUUCUCAAUCAACAAUAUGGAGACAGAGAUUGAGAUGCUUGACUAUGACCAAAUUAUUAGCCAAAUACAAGGAAUGAUCAAAAGGUUAAUUGUCUUAACACAGACAUUUGAUGUGUUACCUCGGAAAAAGUCAGUUUUGAUAAAGUUGCUCUUUAAUGAUCUGUGUCCUCCAGAUUACCAACCGCCUCACUUUGAAGAUGCCACAGACUUACCUCCAACCACAAUUAAAGUCAACAAAGAAACUGGAGUAAACGAUCUAGGCUCUGUUAAUACAGGUAAUAACCAGGUCAAAUUGAGCAUUUUGAUUGCAGAUAAAGACGGAGUGAACUCCACCGAUAUUGACCCCUUUGAAUUUUUCAACAAUUCCAAUGACUCCAUCAUUGGUGAUGUUCCAGCUUCUUCUUUACACUUGGAUAGCUUUUUGGAAACGAGCAAGAAUGAAACAGCUGCACCUACACAGUAUUUGUCACAUAUUUCCCCAACUUGUCAAAAAUGUGAUACUAAACUCAAUGUCGUUGAGUAUGGCUAUAGCAAACCAUUAAAGAGGCCACUUACUUGCAUCAAAUGUAUGUUUGGGUCAGAAAUAGAUAAAGAUCUCCUUGUGUUGCAAAAAAUUAGGCUUUUGUGGGAUUAUCUUUGUCUUCACGAGUUUCCUAGCACUAAUCUGUUGUUGGCGUUGACAAAUUUGACUUUGAACGAUGGUGAUAUCCUUAGACGUGUGCUUAACAAUUUGUUUCAAGAAAAUGUCCUCGUUGUAACUAAGGAAGGCCAAUUUGAAUCCGGUACUGUCAAUUAUCAUAUCGGAUCGGGUGAGUUUGCUCCUAUAGUUGAAGGGAUAAUUGAUAAUUAUGGUACUCCCAUGGUGAAGAAUAGGCGCUAUUUUGUUAUAUUUGUUCCUGUUAUGCGUGAAAGGUUCCCGUAUUUGUCAUACGAUGAAUCAGUGGUUGAUUUGUAUUUCCCUAAUAUACAAUUACCUAGAGUCAACUUUGUCAAACUCAAUUUGAAAAAGUUUAAAGCUAGAUGUUUACAAAGAGAAACUCAGUUUAGUGCCAGAAUUGUACGUACUGUGAUACCAGAUUCUCAGGCAUCCACAGGAGUGGUUAAGAAAUAUGGUGGAUAUAAAAUUCCUCGUAUUGUUGAUGAGGAAACUGCCGAUGAAAGCAAGGACGAAAUUGAUCUCGAUGCGUCGUCUCUUGGAUACACAGCACAAGAAAAACCUGGUAAUACUAUAGCAGAAACCACAAAGCAAAUAAAGGACUUGUCAUUUGCCGAUUCGAUGGUAAUUUUGUCGCAAGAGCCAUUGCCAGUGAGAACAGAGGAGGUAAUAUCAGUACCAUCAUUGCUGAAAAGAAAGGUUCAACAACAGCUGCAAGAGGUGCGGAAGAAAAGAAAGGUCAGUAUCAACAAGGCUUAA